GAAAGCGCAACAUGUCGUCAUAAUUUCAUAAACCAAGAAAAACAGAAAGAUCUCUCUCUCUCUUAUUCUUUCUUUCUUUCUUUCUCUCACGAGUGCAGCAUCGUAGCAGCAAAGAAUGGACACUCUGCUGCGUAACAGAGGUGUCUUCAGGGUUUCAGUAUGCGGGCAAGAGGAGUUGGAGCAGCUGUCAAGAGACGGUAGCCAUUACAGUCUCUCGACAGGGAUUUUGCCUUCACUCGGUGCGAGGAGUAACCGAAGAGUUAAGCUCAAUAGGUUCAUUAUAUCGCCUUAUGACCGUCGUUACAGAAUUUGGGAGACAUUUCUCGUUCUUCUGGUCAUCUAUACAGCUUGGGUAUCGCCUUUCGAAUUUGGCUUUCUCAAACAACCACAGAGCCCACUCUCCAUCUGUGAUAACGUUGUCAAUGGAUUCUUUGCUGUGGAUAUUGUUCUAACCUUCUUUGUGGCUUACCUUGACAAAGCCACCUACCUACUCAUUGAUGAUCACAAGAAGAUUGCUUGGAAGUAUGCAUCUUCUUGGUUGGCUUUGGAUAUCAUAUCCACAAUCCCAACAGAAUUAGCACGGAAGAUCUCCCCCAAACCAUUACAGUCCUAUGGCUUCUUCAACAUGCUUCGCCUUUGGCGUCUCCGAAGAGUUAGUGCCCUAUUUUCUAGAUUGGAGAAAGAUAGGAACUAUAACUAUUUUGGGGUUCGAUGUGCUAAACUUUUAUGUGUCACUCUUUUUGCAGUACACUCUGCUGGAUGCUUCUAUUAUCUUAUUGCUGCACGCUAUCAUGAUCCACAUCGCACAUGGAUUGGAGCAGCCCUAGGAGACAAUUUCCUAGAGCAGGGUAUAUGGAGAAGAUACGUGACUUCCAUUUACUGGUCUAUUACUACUCUAACAACUGUGGGCUAUGGUGAUUUGCAUCCUGUGAACACAAGCGAGAUGAUAUUUGACAUCUUCUACAUGCUCUUCAACCUUGGAUUGACAGCAUAUUUGAUUGGAAACAUGACGAACUUGGUUGUGCAUGGGACUAGUCGAACUAGAAGAUUUAGAGAUACCGUACAAUCUGCUUCAAGUUUUGCUCAGAGGAACAAGCUGCCUCCUCGCCUACAAGAUCAGAUGCUUGCACAUUUGUGCUUGAAGUUCAGGACAGAUUCAGAGGGACUGCAGCAGCAAGAGACUCUUGAUUUGCUUCCAAAAGCAAUUCGGUCAAGCAUUUCACAUUAUCUAUUCUACGACCUUGUGGACAAGGUCUACUUGUUUCGGGGGGUUUCAAAUGACUUGCUUUUCCAGUUGGUCUCUGAGAUGGAAGCAGAGUAUUUUCCUCCCAAUGAAGACGUGAUCUUGCAGAAUGAAGCACCAACAGACUUCUAUAUACUUGUUACUGGUGCUGUGGAAGUACUUGCUAUGAAAACUGGAGGCGAACAGGUUGUUGGUGAGGCAAAAACUGGUGAUCUUUGCGGUGAAAUUGGAGUACUUUGUUACAGGCCACAGCUCUUCACAGUACGAACCAAGAGAUUGAGCCAACUACUACGAAUGAACCGUACUUCAUUCUUGAAUAUUGUUCAGGCAAAUGUUGGAGACGGGACCAUAAUCAUGAACAAUCUCCUUCAGUAUUUGAAAAAACAGAAGGACCCAGUUAUGGAGGGAGUAUUUCUGGAAACAACCACUAUGCUAGCUCAUGGUAGAAUGGAACUACCUCUCAGUCUGUGCACUGCAGCCCUAAGGGGAGAUGAUUUGUUGUUGCAUCAGUUGUUGAAACGGGGACUGGAUCCAAACGAAGCAGACCACAAUGGGAGGUCAGCACUGCAUAUAGCAGCGUCCAAAGGAAGUGAAAACUGUGUGCUACUUCUACUGGAUUAUGGAGUAGAUCCUAACUGCCGAGACUCAGAAGGAAGUGUACCAUUGUGGGAGGCAAUGCUGGGAGGUCAUGAAUCACUGACCAAACUUCUGAUAGAAAAUGGUGCCAGCAUACAUCAUGGAGAAGUGGGCCAAUUUGCUUGCACUGCUGCAGAGCUAAACAACUUGAACUUGCUCGAGGAAAUUGUUCAAUAUGGAGGAGAUGUGACAAUUCCCAGGGACAAUGGGACCACAGCACUACACGUAGCAGUUAGUGAUGACAACACCGAAUUAGUCAGAUUCCUCUUGGAUCAAGGUGCUGAUAUUGACAAACCAGAUGGCCAUGGUUGGACUCCAAGGGAUCUAGCUGACCAACAAGGGCACGAAGAAAUAAAAUUGAUUUUCCAAACUAGUAAAGAGGCCAAAAAGCAAACCUUGGUUGCCAUUCCUGAGAAGCAGGAACAUGGAACUCGAUUCCUUGAGAGAUUUACAAGUGAGCCCGCAAUUCGGCCAGUGUCCCAAGAAGGUUCAUUCCCAGCUACAGAUGGAUCAUUGAGCCAAACCCGUCCGAGGCGAAGAAUUAAUAAUUUUCACAACUCCCUCUUUGGGACGAUGUCAGCUGCCCACAAGGGGGAGAAGGACUUGCUGUCCCAAAACAGUCAUAAUAAUCAUGGAACUAGUCGUGCUAGAGUGACAAUUAGUUGCCCCGAAAAGGGGGAAGUUGCAGGAAAGCUUGUCCUACUUCCAAAUAGCUUUCGGGCAUUGCUUGAGAUGGGUUCUAAGAAAUUUAGGAUCUCACCUGCCAAAGUAAUGAGGAAGGAUAGGGCUGAGAUUGAUGCCAUUGAGUUGAUUAGAGACGGUGAUCAUCUUAUGUUUGUCGCUGAUGGAAGGCAACAGACUAGCAGCUAAUGUAUAUACCUUUGCACCGGCAGGUGUCUUCUCCACGUGUUUUUUUUUUCCUGGAAAUUUUAGCAGCACCCCAUGCAGUUGCAGUGGAUCCAAAGAUGGAUCUUGUUCUUGACUGAAAGAAAACUAAGCAUGAGAAAUGAUAGAAAAAAAACAAAAGGGAGUUAGUUGCCUUGUCAAAAGCCGAAUCAAAGGCUAUGUCUAUGUACAAGGUACGAGCAUCAGUACCUUCAUUGACUCUGUUCCAACCGGAUGUUUCGAAGAAUCGAGAGUGCUUUAAAUUUCUUGUCUUUUUUUAAUCCACUGCAUAGCAAAAUUUAUCCUAUCAUUUCAAGAAUCAUGUCAUUAUUAUUCA